CGACGGCGACCUUGAUAGACGUCUGCGCGGUUCCAGCCAACUCAAAGAAAAUCUAAAGAAAACCUCAAGCCGCAAAGAGUCGCGAAGAAAAGUCGCAAAGGUGCCGCGAUCUUCGCUUUCUUUGUUGCAAAAGAAAAACCAUUUCUGAAAACAAUAACCAUAAGCGGGGGCUAGUGCUGUUUUUGUGUUGUUUUUGUGUGGCACGAGAUGUUUCAAAAAUGUGGCCGCAAAUGAUGGCAAAUGUGCAAAAUGUGCUGCAAGAGAAAUGUGUGAAAAUGCCAGCAAAUGCAAAUGCAAAGUGAAUUUAGCCAGUAACAAGCAAACGAAAAGCAGACUGAAAAGAAAAUAAGGAAAGCCCGCCGCCGGCGAGCAAUCCUUCGCAAAACGAAGCCCACCUGGAGAAUCGGGAAAUUUAUAGCCCCAAGGUGUUAAUUAAUUCGCCACCUCGACUGGGCUCUGCUCCGGAGCGGUCGCAGCCAAUCCCCCUGAGUGUUCCCCGGACCAGCUAUGUUGCUGUUGCUGAGAUGUGGCUCACCAAAUCCUUACCGCUGCUCCUCCUGCUCGCCUCCCUCUGCCCACCGGCCACGCCCGCAUCGACGCCGCGAUCACCCACGCCGCAGAGGAUGCGGAACUUCAAUCGGAACAGCGGCAACAGUUACAGCAGACAGCCAUCCGCUGGCGGUCUGGUGCCCGAGAGUUUACUGUUAGAGGAUUUGCAGCAACCCAACGGCCAGAUCAUCAAUCUGACAAGGCAUCACGACGGAGACGUCUUCCAUACGGGCGGCAUCAGCAGUGCGUGCAACGCGGACACCUGCAUCGGGUUGUCCAGUGGGACGGCGGGUCUGGUGCGUCUCUCGAACGACGGGAACGGGAAUGGAAAUGGACAUGGCAACGAUGGACUGGGUCAAGACUCGGCCACGGCCUCAUUGGCUGGCGGUCAGCUGGAGCUGCUCGCCCGACGCCUCAAGAUGCAGCAGCAUCGAGGCAGGAAUCCCCAGCAGCUCGAGGCGGAGGGAAACCAGGAUGGGGGCUGCACCUGCCGCUGCCUGCCCUACCUGAGGGCCUACCGCGAGGAUCUGGGCAUCUGUGUGGAUGACAUCCAUGAGUGCUCCCUGUCGCCGUUCGUUAGCGGCUCCUCGUCGGAGAAGAUCCCAUUCGUGUUCCUGCCUCUACGCGGACAGAUCAUCUAUCCCAGUCGAGAGAUCAGCUUUGCCAACAUUCACACUCCCGUUUGUGCGGUGACGGGUGCCCAGUAUCUGGGCUCCAAUGGCUGGUCGGAUCUGCGAAAUCCCAUCGACACGGACUAUCCGUUCCGCAUGUUCCGCGACGAGGGACGCAGCUUCGUGCAGUGGCUGGGCGAGCCGGAGUUGCGCCAGAAGAUGCAGGGCCGCCUCAUUGUGGUGCAUCUGGUGUGCCGGGACAUGACGGUGGCCAUGAAUGCCACCAGCCACGGCAAGGGCGAGCCUCUGAUGCCGCCCCGGAACGUACACUCGCCCUGCGUGGCAUUCCGCGUGAACGGGAGUCCGGUGAAGUAUGCGCACAAUGUGCCAGAGGUGUUCUUCCAGCCGGCAAAUACCACAACUUUGGCCUCCAUCUCGGACGGGAUGAGCAUGCGGGAGUAUGUGGUGAUUGGCAUCUGCAGCCUGCUGCUGGGCCUCAUCUACGUCGCCUCCGUGUUCCUCUAUCUGUACAUGAAGAAGCGCAAGCGCCACAGCUCCCGCCACUCCCUGGACAACCUGGCCAACGAGAUCAAUUACCCCAAGAACGACCAGGUAACCUACGGAGCCCCCUUCAGCCGCGUGGGCAGCAUCUACUCAGCCAACAGCAUGGGUCUGGGCAAUGGCAGCGAGUCGAACAGUCGCCCCAACAUCGCCAGCCUGAAGGAGGACAUGGGCAUCGUCAAGAACAAUCCUCUGCUGCAGCACUUUCCCCAGCUGGGCGAGCGGGAGCACCAGUCGGGCUUCGCCAGCGACAUUUCCAACUCCAAUUCCGAGUGCGAGAUGGAGGAGAAGAUCAAGACCUCGGUCCUGGUGCAUCCGCAGCUGGGAAAGUCGUCCAAGUCGCCCAAUGGCUGUGGCAAUGGCCAGGAGAAUGCCUCUGUGGAAUCUGAUGAGUUUCUGCAGGACAACGAGUGCCUGCCACCCGAGAAUGUGGCCGUCAUCGAGGAUCUGAUGAGCGAGGAGAAGAUGGAGAACCUUCGGGCCAUGGUCAGUGGAAAUGUGCGCAAGAAACUCUACUUUAAUCCGGCCUACUUUGAGCCACAUCUCCUGGCGGAGCCGCCUCAAGCUGCCAUUGAGUUUCUGCAGAAGAUCCGCGAGGUUAUUGCCAUUGCCAAGUACAAGAUGGCCGCCAAGCGAUACCAGCCCUCGCUCAACAUCAUACCCGAGGAGCAGCAGCCAGACUCCAGCAGCUCCCCGUCCAUGUAUCAGCUUUCACUGCAGCAGAAUCUCUCGGCCAAGGCCGGAAUGGGGGACAAGCGGAACAGCAUCGAGCAGUGGCUGCAGAGUGUCCCCAAUUCCGACUCGCCGCAGCCACAGAAGACCCUCGACAGAGCCACGCCAGUAGCGGCCAAGAAGAACUCGGGCUCGCCCACAAAGGGCUCUCUGAGGAGGGAGAUAACGGCGCCCAAGGAGCGUCCGCCACCUCCACCCAAUGCAAAGGUCAAAGCGAACGAAGGGCCCACAAAUUCGGACUCUCCGAAGUCAGCAUCAAGCAGGGCAGCGGGUGCAGAGCCAGAGACGGGAAAGAGCAAUGCCAACUCCUACGAGAGCUUCUCCUCCUACUCGAUGGCCGCCAAUGUGUACGGCUUUGCGGAGACGGGCGGGGAGAUCUACAACAAUCCAAAGUUCAUGCUGGCUGACUCCCCUGCCGGCUCCAUGCGCAGCACCUCCAGUCGCUCCAAAUCCCUGCGCAAGCGGGGCGAUGUGCUGGAUCAGUUUGCAGCCGCCAACUCCACGCCCACCUCGCUGACAUCCUUCGACCGGCAGCACUACAACAUGCUGCGGAACAUGAAGCCAGCGGAAAUCAUCUACGACUCACUGAAGCGGGAGUACGGCGCCCAUAUACCCACGCCCGACUACGACAGCACCAUCGAGAAGAAGAUCAAGGACAUCUACAGCAGCACGCAGAGCAGCAUCCCCUCGGUGCCCACGCCGGACUACAGCUCCCUCAGCCGCAAGUCCCUGAAGCAGUUCCAGCCGGACUCCCCCAUCUACAGGCGAAAGUCGCCGCAGUAUCUGAUCGUUGACUACGAGACGGACAGCCUCGAACGACUGGAGCCGAGCAAGCGCAAGAGCUCCCACUCCUCCAGCUCGCCCUCGUCCGAUGUGAGCUCCCAGCUGAGUCCCAGCCUCAGCACCGCCCUGCCCCUGGAGGAGGAGCUGGAGAUCAGCCACACGGUCUACGAUCGUCUGAACGGCUUUCGCAAGGAGGGUGACCUGAAGAAGCGCCUCUCCAGCAAGAAUCCGCAGCUGGUGCAGCAGCGGCAGAAGGAGGCGGCGGCUCGCAUCAAGUACGACACCCCUUUUCGGGGCAGCAUGACCAUCGAGGUGGAGCACGAGCCCCCCUCCGACCUCGAGCGCACGGACAGCGACCAGUUCGAGCCGGACACGCUCGAUCGAAAGCCCAAGAAGCAGAGCUUCUGCGACAUCAACGCCUGGGAUGGCCACGGGCGGCAGUCGCAGCAGCUGAGCAGCGAUUCCUACGUGGAUUCGGACUACAACCAGAUCAACUCGCUGCCAGAUUUGAGUCGUGGCCUGAGUCCGGCAAACAGUCAGGCCAUCAAGCCGCGCACGGCUUCCUUUAUUUUGAAGUCCAGCCACUCGUUCCGCAACCUGCGGGAGAUCUACGAGUCCCCGCUGGUGGCGCAGGCGCAGGCGCAGGAGAGCUGCAAGUGCGAGAGGAAAGCGACAGCUGAGGAGGAGGGCCGCAUACUCACGCUGGAGGCGAAGCACUCGCGGCGCCAGCGGGGCAUGCAGUCCUCGCCCACCCACUCGGUGGCGGAUGUGGGCAAGGUGAACAAGACAACCAUCACGAUAUCCUCGCCCAAGCCGCAGGAGAAGCAACAGGAGAAGGGCAAGGCGCUGGGGCACAGGAAUCAUCCGCCAAAGGCCAAUCAACAUUACUGUCCUCCGCUGGUGCAGAGCAAGCGGCCACUACCGCCGCCGCCGCCAUCCUCCCAAACUGUCGGCGAGAGCCAGACACAGGAUGAGGAUGCUUACAGCAUGCACAGCGAGGUCACGGAGGUGACUGGCGUCACGUCGGAGUUCGAGAACUCCUGCAACAACACCAUGUCCAGCGCGAUAUCGGCCACAACCGAGGAGCGAGGCCACAACUAUGGCAAGCAGUCCAAGGAGAUUCACGGCAAGUCCCAGUCCCAGAAGCAGGCCCACCUGGAGGCCGACUACGAUGCGAUGUACAGCAAGAAGAUCAACAGCUUGCGCAAUGACUACAGCCUGACAAAGUAUCUCAAUCGGCGCAAGAGUCACCAGCGCGACGAAGCCUCCGAGCCAGGCCAGGAGCCCAAGGACAACAAUGCAGAGCCUGAGUUCAGCAGCAUCAACAACGCCAAUGCCAAGAAUGGCAUGAAGGAUGUGGAUCUGAACCAGUUCGAUGCCUUGUCGGUCAGCUCGCGCUCCAACCGAAGCAGCGGCCACCUGUCGGAGCGCACCAAGGAGAUGUACCGCAAUGCGGGAGUGCCCGUGGGCAUAGCCUAUCCCCAGCGGGCGGCGGCGGCCAACAGCUCGGGGAACUCCAAUCCGAGCAAUGUUCAGACUGUCUACCGCUGCGAGAUCGAGCCGGCACAGCUAACGGCGGGCAUGCAGAUCGCCAUCGGACUGAAGGACCGGGCCAAGAAGGCCAAGGACCUGAAGAAUGCGUGGCGCAAGUUCGUUACGAUGGCGGCCAACAAGUUCAGUCCCAGCCAGAGCCCGGCCCCCACCUACGGCACCAAGAAUGCGGCUGGCUUCCUGGAGGCACUCGACCGAGAUGAGGGCAUCGCCACCAUCAUUGAGAACGCGGCCCAGUCUGCUGGCAUGGGCCACGGGCCUGGCAGUCAGAACUUCUACGAGCAGCGAUUCGGGCAGCUGGACAGCGGCUACAUGAGCACGGACUCCACAGAGCUGUACAAGCGCAAUGUCUACGAUCGGUACAACUUCAAGAUGAUGACGGGGCGCGGGCAGAUCAUCAGGGUGGACACGAUCGAGGACAACGAGGAAGAGAGUGGGCCCAAUGACAGUCGCUUCGAGGAUCUGGAGCAUAUGGUGUCGCCUGGCCACAGCCGUCGAUCUCCGGAGAAUGUUGCCGGCGACGAUCUGAGCGAAGCCGACUCCGACAAGACAUUGACUCGCUCCCACUCCCGCUCGCCCUCGCAGACCAACUCCCAGAAUCUGAAUGUGCGCGGCAGCACCACAACGAUGUCGUCGUACUCCUCGGAGGAGGAGGCCGGACGGGGGCACAGCACGUGCUGUGGAUCCUCCGAGACGGACGAAGAGACUAAUGCAGAGGACAUGUGGGAGUCCGGGGCGGAGAGCAUAGAGACCCACUCUGUUCUCUACAAAAUGAUUAGAAAGAGUUAGGUUAAGUGUUUAGUGAGGUUAGGUUAGUGGAAAGUAGGGUUAGGUUCGAUUUAGGAACGUGCAAUAUCUGGAACAGAGGGGAAAGACUUCCAUCUAGACUAGGUUAGCAUUAGCCCGAAGUAAACAGUGCAAUAACUUCGCAGAUAAUUCUUGCCAAACCACAAGGUGCAAUUUUAUUCGAUGUAAGUUAGCUAUAGGAAAUGGAACUCCUUGGAGCCACCAACCCAGACCCAAGCCCUAAGAUCUAUAAGUGCAAUAAUUCAUAUUAUAUCGUUUAUCAAAUCGUAGCGAGUAUCGUAUCGUAUCGUAUCGUAUCGAAGAGGCAUCGAUGCGUUUAUUGUGAUAAAUGUCAGCAGUCUUGGGCCGGAAAUGUGCAAUCUUAAUCUUAAUCUCAGUGUAGUUAGUACUUAUAUGGUUUAUAGCUAAGUUAUCCAUAAUAAACAUUGAAAUACUUAGAAUUAAA